AUGGAUACGCCCCCGUCCGUCUCCAACAUGAAGAUCAAGGAUUCUGUUAUGCCGCUCAAAGCAACUAAGCCUGAGGCCUUCGUUCAAAACAAAAGGGAUGAUGGCAAGACUUCGCAGGUCAUUCUUUACGACUCUAAACCAAACGACCCCCCCAACCUCGACUGUACUGGCGACGAAGAAGAUCUUGGCGUUUCAUGCGACUAUCUCCCGUUCGGCGAAUGCUGCGCGGGCGACGAGGACACCGUGCUAUUUGAUAGUGUCUGGCAUGAGAAAGCCAAGGGUUGGAAGAUGCUGUCAGCCUACACUGGGGACAAAAACACCCCAUGCCGACAGGUCUUCACUAGCACGGACAAGGAUUACUGCUUGCCUGGUAGCACGGCGGGGAUGAGUAUCACCGGCGGGAUUGUUUACAAGAAAGAGGACAUGGACGGCUCAGAGGAUGAUCUCGGUCCUGGGAAAAGUGGACAAGAAGUUGGCAAAGACGAGACGGGCAGAUUUAAAGUACACCGUGCAACUCUGUACACAGCUCAACACAAGAAUGGAACGUUCUAUCAUGUUCGAAUGAAGUCUAAGCUUGGAGAACAGUAUCAUAAGAAAAAGUUCAUUCUCGCCCAUGGGUUUCCGAAAGGAAACCGUUGGGGAGAUAAAGAUCAUGGAGAGGACCAACAGGAAGAGAAACGCCUCGAGGAUGAGUCAACAGGAGAAAUUCUACAGCGCGACUGA